AUGUCUUCUCACAAGACUUUCAGAAUCAAGCGAUUCCUGGCCAAGAAACAAAAGCAGAAUUGCCCCAUUCCCCAGUGGAUUCGGAUGAAAACUGGUAAUAAAAUCAGGUUCAACUCCAAGAGGAGGCGCUGGAGAAGAACCAAGCUGGGUCUAUGGGGAAGCAUCGCACAUCAUGAAAUAGCAAACAUAAUUGGCACACAUAUUUAA